GACCGACGGACACGGCGAGGAUAUAGUCGGCGGCGGUGGUGGUGGUGGCGACGGUGAAUGAGGAUCGUCGUCUUCCCAACAAGUCUCUGCGGACACGCAGCGAGUCGAGAACUUGAACACCCGCGACUCCUCCCGAACACAGUGCUGGAGAAAAUUCCACCUGCACGCCCACCAUCACCACUCCACCAACUCUCGGCAUUUUAAAUCCCCGCAAAGGAAACAAAAGCGAGUAGUGGAGGCGAGCGCAUGCACGCGCGAGAUGGGCGGGUCGCACUCCAGCCGUAACUCCCCGCUGGCCAAGCUGGCGACGCUGCGCUCGCUGCACAUCGUCAUGCUGGGCCUGGACUCGGCCGGCAAGACAACGGUGCUCUACCGCCUCAAGUUCAACGAGUUCGUCAACACGGUGCCCACCAUCGGCUUCAACAUGGAGAAGGUGCGGCCCGGGGCGGGCGGCGCCCGCGGCGUCAGCUUCCAGUUCUGGGACGUGGGCGGCCAGGAGCGCCUGCGCCCGUUGUGGCGCUCGUACACGCGCCGCACCGACGGCGUGGUGUUCGUCGUGGACUCGGUGGAUGCCGAGCGCCUGGAGGAGGCGCGGACGGAGCUGCACCGCGUGGCGCGCACCCCCGAGUGCCAGGGCGUGCCCGUGCUCGUCGUGGCCAACAAGCAGGACCUGCCGGCGGCGUUGGCGCCCGCCGAGGUGGAGCGGCUGCUGGCGCUCGCCGAGCUGGGGCCCGCGGCGCUGUGGCACCUGCAGCCGGCGUGCGCCAUCAUCGGCGAGGGCCUCUCCGAGGGGCUGGACAAGCUGUACGAGAUGAUUUUGCGCAGGCGCAAGAUGCUCAAGCAGCAGAAGAAGAAGAGAUGAGCGCCCGAGUGGGGCUGCUCCGUCGGUUGAUUGCUUUGUUCGUUUGUUCGUGUGGACUUGUGCCGGACAAACUCGGGGUGGUAUCUGUAAAACCACGAAGGACUUGAGGAAGUACCGUUGUUGGUCGUCACUUUCUCAGCGUGUUUACAUGGACGUGCUUUAACACGCGUACCGAAGCGACCUUAGAAGUGUUACUGUUUGUUGCAUACACUGGAUUGCGGCAUCACGUAUCGUCACUGAAGUGCUGGUUAUAAGAAAUAUCAUGUAUGUGGACACUGGAUUUAUACAAUACUUCUGCUGAUCAGGUUUACAAGGCUGUGGCUUCUUUUGACUGCAUCCAGAUGCUUGAGCAAUUGAAUAAAAAAUAUCGUCGCUAUAUUGGUAAGUAGAAACUUGUAAAAUAAGUUACCAUACAAUUGAAGGAUUAUUUCCUGCAACAAAGGUCAACACUGUAAAUAUAUCGGUGCAAUGAAGUUACAAAGUCCAACGGUUGUAUUGUGUUGCCCGAGUGCCAAUGAAAGUUAGUAUAAACUAUGGGCUGUUUGUCUUAUACAGGGAGCGAGAAAAAUGCUCGCUUGAACAAAAUGCCUAUCCAGCACAGCGCCACGUAAACCAAUGAAAUCAACAUAAUAUAAGCCAGCUUAUUUAAGAAUGUGUUAAUGAACGACGACUGCUGGAUGAAGUUUUUCUCAUACACCUUUCAGACUGUGAUGGCUAUUUGACCAUACUUCACCACGCUAGUCAAUGUGGGUUGGUGAAGAUGGGGAGGGGGGGGGGAUACACGAUGUAUUUUGCUGCACUACCCACAACGACUGCUACACCUGUUUUUUGUUGUUGCUCAUGGUAUGGUCACCCAUCCAAGCAACAUCGAGGGCUUAAGCUUUGUUUCUUGACGCCUGACGGGAUCGGGCGCAAUUCCAGGUGACUUGCUGAAUGGUUUAGUUGUAUAUUUGGAAGCUUAUACUUUGAAUGAGUGCGAACACUUCCCUCCCUGCCACCGCACCUAACGAUAAAGGACAUGUUUUGCUGAAGGAUUUUAAAUAUUAUGACGUGGGAAAAACGGUCGGGCUUCGGACCAAGAGAAUGCUUUGAGUGCAAGUCUGCCUUUUGUGUGGUGUGUAACGAGAGGUCGUCUUGAGCUGAGGUAUGCCAGUGUCAUCUUGCACGGGCUCGUUUUGGGGCGAUCUUUCCACCCGCUAUGGUGGAUUUAAAGUUUUUUUUUUGGUAGUGCGGCAUCGUUCGUUCAGGGUUGGGGCCCCUCGGCGCUAAUGAGGCGCCGUGCCUGACAGGCCAGAGUCUGUGAAAGUUUUGAAGGCGCGCACCGCUGAAUGACACGGCCGGGCGGGAUUUCGGAGGGCAUGCAAUCCGAGAGGGAGACGACGGGAGGAGGAGGGGCACAGAGCACUUUGUUGAGGCGCCCCCUUUGCUUUCAUUCUGAUGCACGGUGCCUGGGCUUAGUGCCCACUUAGCUCUGACGGACUCCACACAAGAGGAAAGUUGUGGGCGGUAGCAUAGUGGUCGGUGCACACUGCACUCUGAACCUGGUGGACAUUUGAAUCCCGGCCACUGCUAACAUCGGUGGUGAUUAUCUGAACCGGUCUUGGGCCUCCCCGAGGCUGACUCUGCCUUAAAUGCGUACCUGGUGUGGAAACAUCAGUGCUGGGGAGACAAAGGCAGCCAGGCGUGGUGCUGGCCACCCCCUCGUGCACCGUGCUGGUCAUCAUAGGUGCUCGCUCACAGCACUUGCCCCAACAGCCAGUUAUAGGCCUUGUGGGGUGGAGGGAGCUUGUGCGAGUGAUUAUAAUAUUUUUGUUUAUCUUGUACCUUACCAGUCUAAUGAAGGUGUGAAGGGGUUUUGCAUCGGACGGUGAUACCUCCAUCGAGUAUAUGGUACAAUAAGGAUUCAGCAUUAGAGGAGAUGAAAGAUUAACUGAGAUAUUUGGAACGAUCUUUGUUUUUAAGAACCGCCACUCGAUAGUGUUAACUUGCGAGGCCAGAGUUUCCCUAUUGUAAUAUCGCUUCCAUCCUUGGUACUUUAAAAGAGUGGACGCGAGAAUGGCGGUCUGACCAAAAGUUACAUUUAUAUUCACGUAAGGGAUUUGUUUGUGGAGUAUGCUGAGUGUGUCAAAGAGUUUACAUUAAACUGUGUGCACUGAUACACGUGAGGUGGGGGGGGGGUUGACAUUGUUGUGCGAGACCAAUGAAGCUUCUGGAUGUUUGUAUAGGACACCUGUAAUUAAAGACGAUUUUUGCUCAGUGUAACCCCUAUGCAAAAAUUCAAAAUAAUAAAAACGUGUUUGACUUUGGUGCAAUUUCAGCAGCUGUGUAUAUUAUUCUACAGAGAUGAAGCAAACUUAAUAGGCUUUGGUUUUAAACCUUACACUGCUAAACCCCAAUUACAUUCAGGCAGAUUAUCCGCUGUGCUGUUGAUGGCUCUGUCGUGAAAUGUAUUUCGUAACUUUGGAAAUCCCAGUGUGAAUGGAGCUGUGGGCUCCCUUUGGAAGACAAGUGGCUGUGGGCCAUUGCCACCGAAACUAGCUGGGUAACUGGCUAAACGGGAUUUUCCGUGUAAUGAAUAAACAUUGAAUUGAAACGGCGGAAGAAGCUCCUUAAGGCAUAGUAGUUAACGACACCAAAGAGGUGGGAGUAGUGGAUCCAAAAGACCGAUAUGGUUCAUUUUAAAAUUGCUUUAACUUUUCAAUUUGCGAUCCAAUUUGUGUAAUUAUUUUGGCAUAAUAUUCGUAUUAAAAAAACACUGCAUAUUUUCUUGGCAUUUUAGUCGGUUAAAACGCAGAUGACUUUUUCGUGCCCUCUGAGUGCUGGACUGUGAAAGGAGAAGAGAACUCGUUAGUCUGCAACAAUUAUUUACAGCCCUUCGUCAAUUUCUGGAUGGAAGGCCUUGCUAUUAGGUAGCGGUCAUGGAUGUUGCUCGACUUAAUCAGCCCAGACGGGGCCUAGAACUGGUUCGAAUAUUACUCCCCACUAAUAUCAGCUGUGGCUCGAGAUUGUAUUCAGGUCCACUGGGUUCACAGCCGCAAAGUGCUAACCCCCCCACUGCCCCAGUCAAAUCCUAAAACACAUUAAUUUCCUCUGGAAUAAAUGGGAAUUAAUGGUAAUUUGGCUUAAAUAGCAUUGUUAAACAGAUAAAUACAACCCAACAAACAACGGGCGCAACGAGAAAUAUUUAGUGUUUGCAAAACACGCUGCAGCGUGUUGCCUCCAAAAAAGUGUGAAAUGUAAGAAACUAAAUCUUUGAUAUUUUAAAAUGUCACCGCAGGCCUCAUUUGCAAGCAACGAACGAUGGCAUGUUUAAAAGGAAAUAUUUUUUUUUAAUAUUUCUCUAUGAUAUCAGUGCCUUUUUUGUAAAUGGCAUGGCGUACGAUUGUAAAGCGUGAAACUGGAUCUCCCAAUGGGAUCGAAGCCUGCAUCACUUUCGGAAUUAUUUCAUAAUGAUACAAAGCGAAUGGUGCAACCCUGCAAUUGCAUGUUCAUGCUGCUGCCAACGAAGUGAGGGCUCUAUACAUCCCCCUUUAUACCUAUAGAGUAAUGAUAAUACAUUUUUAUACAGCGUCAUUCAUGAUAAUUGCAUCCCACAACGCUGUACAUUAAUAAUUAUGAGGGCUAACACCUAUAUAUUGUAUAUAGCUACUACCAAGCAAGUUAAAACCCCCAAACACAAAUAGAUCAACAAAGACAUUGCACCAAAAAAAAAAGCACAAGCAACCAAAAAGUUGUCACAAAGAAGACAUUGGAGUACCCACACUUUACCCCACUAUAGGUAACGUGCCGAUCAACUAAAUCCUAACUGUAUCCAUUCUAAACUAAACUCAAGCUAAACGACUGAGUGGUAUUGCUAUUUUUUAAGAAGUGAUUUGGCCACAAAUGAUAGCUCAACGAAGUGGCUUAUGUCGAAAUUUAUCGCAUCCAAAUACUCUAUGCGCAUGUUGAUUCUAAAUUGUGAAAUAAAAACCGGGAGGACCCAGAUAAUAUUCCACGUGACCACGGGGAUAGAGACGUGUAAACUCCACAUAUAUGGGGUGUCAGGGUCGGGAUUGAACUCACGGCCUCCUGUAUACCAGGCGAGGGAAUCAACAUCUCUCCAACGCGGGGUGGAAAGAGGUGGGGGAGAUUUAGUUCAAGUUAAUUUAUUUGGUAUAACCCUGUGAACCAUUCGGCUCUUGAACCGGAUGCAACCGCAACAAACAAAAACAUGAACAAGAAACCAUCUUAAAGUAACUGCAAACAGAAAAUUCAAAAAAAGACAGCAAAAUAUUGCAGAAAAGGCACCGUACACCAACGCUGUGUGCAAAAAACCCAGUGGUAUGCAAGUCAAACAACAACAACCACAAGACAACUUAGAUUAAGGCCAUCAGUCUAACUCCGUACUACAACAAACAAACAUGGCCAAACCAAAAAACUUUUCGAAAUCACCAAAGUAAAGCCAUAAAAGCAAUGAAACAGUGAUCAUAGGAACUGUGACCGAAUUUUCACAAUAAACGACAUAACAACAUGUACUACCAAACCCUGCAGCCAUAGCUGGCUGCAUGAGUCACUCCACAACAUCAGGAGCAUUAGUCAGAGUAUCAAAUUUUCAAUGCACCUUUAAGAUCAGCACACUAAAUCAAAACACAGAUCAUACUUUGCAGCGAUCAUGAUGUCCUGUUUUUUUGUAACCCCGCAGUGGCAACUCUAUUCAAGUCCUCACUGCCUCCUUGCUACACUCCCUCCUUGUUACACUCCCUCCCCAAUGCCUCCCACAGCUGCAAUCACACCCAUGAGUACCUUUGGACUGGACACGUGCGUUUGUGUGUGGAAUUGUCAUUUAUGCCUCUGAUAUUCUGGACUAAAGGUUGAGCGCCUCUCAAAUCAUGCACACAGCCGAUGGGAAGAGCAGUGCUUCUCAGCGUCGAUCCACGCCUUCCCACAAUUGUCCAGUCAAUUAAAGUAAUUUUGUGCUAUAAAAAAACAUGUUUCGUGAAUAGUGACCUCUGCGUAAUGGCCUCAAUCACAGUCAUGAAAGGAAGAACGAGUUAAAGCUUGUAAUUUGAUAUAACAAAAAAUGUAGGCAUCAACCAAAUUAAAUUUCUCACAGUGCAAAAUUAGCACCUAGAUGUUGAUUGUCCGCCUAAUGCCACCGAUUUGUGGCUACUCCAAGUGUAGCUGUGAAUAUGCGUGUUCAAACAUGUCCAUUGUGAAUCGUAAAUAUUAUUUAAUUUCUUUCAACGCGUACACUUUCGGAGGAGCAGUAAUAUCACAUGAGCGAACACGCUUGCUCCCACGUCCUGCCACCGCAGUCAUGGGUUUCCAAAAGUGGGCACGUGCCACGGCCCGGGUCUCUAAGCCAUCGCGAGCUCAUCCACAGUGCACGGCUCCUUCCAGGUGGCAACGGAGCGAUGCGUGCUCCAUGGUCAGCGUUUCACUCGUUGUAGGUGUUCAGCAAGAUUCAUGAACUCAGCAAGAAACUGAAAGGGAGCAACGAGGGCGAACGCCCCUGCUUUGGCCCCCACUGCGCCAUGAACCUGAUGACCUGAAUUCAAUUACCCGCCACAGCUGACAUCACUGACAGGUGGUAUCCGAAUCAAUAUUGGGUUCUCACCUUCGGCUUCACUCUUGCUAGGGUCGGUCCUGCACAGUGCUUCCUUUGCCAUGAAAUAUUAUCGUCCUUGUUUCUUUUUUUACCCAAUUAUAUUCCACUUGUCGUAUCGGUGUCAUGACGAGAUAAAUACAUUUACGUCUGGAACUCCAUCAAUGCAUCACUGCAUAUAAGAGAAUGACCCAGAUGAUGGCAUUACAGAACUACUUGCUUCUGAAAUUACUACAAUAGGUAUCUGAAUCCAUACUAGAUUAACACAAUUUACAUACCCCGCAAAGAAUGUUCAGCGUGUGUCCAAUCUAAAUGUUUGAUUCUUACAGCUGAAGUAAGCUAAAAUUAGUAUUUAACAAAAAUCCAAUUUCACAUGACUGGGUUUUUUGUGAAGCCAAUUGUGAGUGGAUUGAUAUCAUUAACUGGAUACACUGGAGAACCCGCUUUCAUCACAACUUUACCCAUGUUGACUGUAUUCGGUCUCUAUCCCAGUAUAUGGGUCUCUCUGCGAGCGAUUUGUAAACUGGGCUGAGAACAGAAACUCGCUGCACCUGAAAUCCCGGUAAAAUCACAGGUGGCGAAAACCCGGUGGCGGCUCACAGCUGACACGUCUAUUAUGAACCUCCUCAUGAGCCACCUGGCUCUCUGUGAAUGGGAGCCUUAUAAUUAUCGACAACAAAGCAGCCGUCAUCCUUCCGGCUGGAAGGAUCCUUAAUAUCAACCUCUUCCCCACACGUCGCACCAAAACCAUCUGUCUC